AUGGCUGGGAAUACUUCGACCGACAUCUUGAUUGCCGGCGCAUUUGCUGCUUUCACAGUCGAUCUGCUUGUCUACCCUCUCGACACGCUCAAGACCAGAUGGCAAUCACCCGACUAUAAUCGUCUCUACCUCGACAAGGCCACCAAAGCUGUCAACAAGCAAGUCCUCUUUCGAGGCCUCUACCAAGGCGUGGGCAGCGUCAUCAUAGCCACCCUUCCUUCCUCAGGAGCCUUUUUCACCACCUACGAAGGUGUCAAGUCUGCGUUCACCAAGGCCAAUCCCACCUUUGGCGGCUCCUCACCACUACUACCACAACCAAUCAUCCACUCCGCCGCCUCCUCGAUAGCAGAACUGGUCUCCUGCGCCAUCCUCACCCCCGCCGAAGUCAUCAAGCAAAAUGCACAAAUGGUCGAUACAGCCAAAGGCGACAAAGCAAACGCAACACUACAAACCCUCGCCAAAUUCAGAUCAAACCCACUGGCUUUGUGGAGAGGCUACACCGCGCUGGCAGGCCGCAAUUUGCCAUUCACCGCUUUACAAUUCCCUCUAUUCGAAAAGCUAAAGCAAGCGAUCAAGAGACACAGAGAAGAUAGAGGAACACGGACGAAUACUUUGUUGGAGAAUGGAUUGAUUACUGCGGCUAGCGCUGGUUCAGCUGGUGCGUUUGCUGCCGUCGUCACCACGCCGGUCGAUGUAGUCAAGACUCGCAUAAUGCUUGCUGCUGCUUCCAGUGCAGCAGAAGACCAAAACAAGGAUACGAAGAGCAAGUCAAGCGGUCCUGUGGAUGCAAUGGGUCGCUCAGUCAACAGCAAAGGAGAAGGUCUGAAAAACCCUGUCUCGCGGAAAGGCAGUAUUCAGAUUGCGAGGGAGAUUAUCGCUGAUCAGGGCGUCAUCAAGGGACUCUUCCGUGGUGGUGCUUUGAGGGCUGUUUGGACUUUGAUUGGGUCUGGACUCUACCUUGGUGUCUACGAGAGCGGUCGCGUGUAUUUGGCCCAGCGACGGGGCGAGGAUAUUGAUGAAGAGGAUAUAUAA